AUGGCCGACCAGGACGUGAAAGACCUCCAAGUCCUGCCCGAUCAGGCGCAAGAAGGUUUGCAAAUUGAAACCGCAAACAUUUGCCGCGGACGUCCUGACAUGUGACAGAUGACUUGCACGCGAAGCGGUUGCUGGCCAUAGAAGACCGGCCCUUCACGCGUGUGACCAAGAAGUUGUUUGGUGAAAAUUCCAUCCUGCGUUCUUCCAUGAACUACCUUCCGUCUCCACCACCCGAUGGCGAGUCCGACGACGAGCUUGCCAACGCAUACAAAAUCCAAAAAUUUCGCGAGGACGUCCUGAUCGAUUUCGCCAAUCUCGAGAACAGUCUCAUCCGCAUACAGCUCAUCUUCUCGUCUAAUCAGCGACAGCGAGAGCGGUAUGCGGCAGAGAAGGCCAAGAUCCUGGAAACUGCACAAGCUGUGCGCGACAACACCGUAGAGCUGCGCGCACAACUAGUGGAGGCGCAGCGUGUAUUGGAGCAACGCAAAGGCUACGAUGAGCAAGCUGCCAAGAUUCUUGACGACAAGAAGCUGAAGAGCCGCGAUGAAACGAAAGCAGACAUUGAAAAGCUGGAGAAAGAAAUUGAAGACUUGCAGCAUGAGAGUGCCGAAUAUGAGGGCACCUGGGUUUCUAGAAGAGAGCAAUUCGAUAGCAUCGUGCGGGAAGGCGAUGCUAUGAUCCGUCUGAUCAAAGGCAUCAAAGACGAGCCGGAGCCGGAGAAAGACGAGGAGAUGGAGGAUGCAGAAGAUGGCACCAAGGCGGAGAAGAGCAGAACAGGGACGCCCGCGCCAGAAGGUCGCUCUCCUAGACACACAGAUACAGGCGAUGCCACCCCGAUGCGGGAAGGUGAGGGUGAUGGUGAUGUUGAAGGUGGCACUCCGAGAAACAAGUUCCUUGAGAUUGAGGACGGCACGAGACCGCACAGUCGUGUCUCUUCUCCACUCGUGCAACCGACGAACACGGACGACGAUGUCGACAUGGCCGAGACGAAUCUCUCGCAGGCCCCUUCGACUGAGAACCAAGACCCGCCAAAUUCCAGUGAUGGCGCGCAGGAAUCGGAGCAGCAGUCUGUGGCGACACCCAUGCCAGAUGUUGCGAUGGAAUAA